AUAAUCGAUUGCUUGUAUCUUGAGAAAUUAUUGACCUAUAUUUUCUAAUUUAUUAAUCCAUAAUCAUAUCACUAAUUGCUAUCUUAAAUUUUGAUUACCGUGACACGUGGAUGCAAAAGAUAGGUAGAAGUGUAGAACUAGUACGCAGCGCGCGCAGGUUAGCACAGCCUCUUGUGUUGUGUUGAUGACUUUUAAAAGAAAGCAGCCACCAGCCAACGGUAGUUCUACCGAAACGUCAACCCAACACGCAAAAGGGAAUCAAUUUGACCUGCUCUCAGUCUCGCUCGCAUCGAAUUCGAUAAGAGUCAGUCGAUCAGUUGUUGCAGAAGGCAUCAUGGGAGUGAGAAUUGGACUUUUAUUUCUUUUGGUCUUGGGAGUUACUUGGACUUGUGAUGCUAGAACAGUGGUGAACUUCAAGCUAAAUAAAGUGGUCUAUGAUAUCUCAGGCAGUCAGAAGCAUGAAAGUGGAAUUGGAGCCUCAGAAGUUUCCCGGACUGACAGAGUGUGCACAUUAUGUGAGGAGUUUACUACUGAGGCGAUUGGUUACCUCUCUGAAAACAAAACCCAGACAGAAGUAUUAGACAUUCUUCACAAAGCAUGCUCACGAGUGCCUUCGUUCAAGGAACAGUGCUUGGUUUUGGUGGACUAUUAUGCUUCUUUGUUCUUCCUAGAAAUUUCCUCUCUGCAGCCAGGAGAUUUAUGUGUGGAGGUCAAUCUAUGUGAGCAAAUUUCACUUAUUUCUUCUAAACUCCAUGAAGAUACAUGUGGAAUAUGCCAACGUGCUGUAUCAGAAGUGUUGAUCAAGUUGGAAGAUCCUGACACACAGCUGGAGAUCGUUGAGCUGCUUUUGAAGGCAUGUAACUCCAUGAACAGCUUCAAGAAGAAGUGUAAGAGGAUGGUGUUCGAGUAUGGGCCGAUUAUCCUUGCCAAUGCAGAGCAGUUUCUUGAAACUACGGAUGUAUGCACCAUGUUGCAUGCCUGCAAACCACACACUGAAACCGCGAAACAAUCCUUACAGUCGGUGAGUGUACCAUUUCUGGCCGAUUCAUAAUUAUGGCAAGAAAGUUGAAAGUGGGGAAUGGAUCUGCUCCUUGUCACCUGUUGUUGUAUAUUAUUCUUCAAGAACAGAUGUUCAUGUAUAAUAAUCAUCAGUUAAACAAAAAGUGAUUGUUUUCUACUCAAUACUCAUGGAAAGCGUAGUGCGAUUAUGGUAUAUUGUUGUACAAUAUAUUGUAAAAUUUCAGUAUUAUUUGGAAUGAUAUGAUUCUGGAACUUUCAUGAUUC